UGAAACUGAAACCUAAGAAGACCAAUAUUGGCGGUUAGCGGAGGAGCAGCGUAACAGAGCAGUGUCUUCGCGUACCAUAAUAUUCUUCAUUCUUCUUCAUUCCCAGUGAGGAGAGAGAGCUUAGCUAUUGCGCCUACUGGCUUCUCAUUUCUUCUCACAGAUGCUUAAACCAUCCCCCGUCUCUCUGUACCAUUAACCCUAAUUUAUACCAGUAAUAGUAAAGCACCAACAAUGGCGGAAGUUGAGGCAGGAUCACGUGCGGCGGGCUCAUCAGUCGGUGGUGGUGGAGUGGUGGAGGCGUCUCUGAAAGAUAAGGGCAAUGAGUAUUUCAAAGCAGGGAACUAUCUCAAAGCCGCUGCUCUCUACACUCAGGCCAUCAAACAAGACCCUGGCAACUCUGCCCUUUACAGCAACCGCGCUGCAGCAUUUCUGCACUUGGUUAAGCUUAGCAAAGCACUUGCUGAUGCUGAGACAGCAAUUGCAUUGAGCCCAGAGUGGGAAAAGGGAUAUUUCAGGAAAGGAUGCAUAUUAGAGGUCAUGGAGCGUUACGAUGAUGCUUUAGCUGCUUUCCAAACUGCUUUGCAAUUCAAUCCAAAAAGUGCAGAAGUAUCAAGAAAAAUUAAAAGAAUAUCCCAGUUGGUGAAAGAUAAAAAGCGAGCUCAAGAAGUAGAGAACUUAAGAUCCAAUAUCAAUAUGGCAAAGCACUUGGAAAAACUGAAGACUGAAAUGUCAGAUAAGUAUGGGUCCGAAGAGGGCUGGGAAGAAAUGUUUUCUUUUCUUGUUGAGACAAUGGAAACAGCUAUAAAAUCAUGGCAUGAAACCUCGAAGGUUGAUCCUAGAGUAUACUUUCUUCUUGAUAAGGAGAAGACAGAGACUGAUAAAUAUGCUCCAAUGGUCAACAUUGAUAAGGCCUUUGAGUCACCCCAUACACACAGCAACUGCUUUUUGUAUCUCAGGCAGUAUGCUGAGGAUUCUUUCUCCAGAGCGGCAUGCUUGGUUACCCCCAAAAGUAUAAUAUCGUAUCCACAGGUCUGGAAAGGUCAAGGACCAAGGAAGUGGAGACAUGGGCAGCAGGAUGGUUUCUUUAUUCAAUUUGAGACAGCAUUUCUGCGAAAGCUUUGGUUUAUCCCUAGUUCCAAUGAACAGGGCCAGAUGCUGUGCAGGGACCCGGAGGUUCUAGAUAUCAGUGCUCAUGAAGUGCUUCCACGCCUAUACAAGGAAAAGCGCUCCAGUUCUUAGAUGCUUUCACUCGAUGACAUUUUAUUGGGGAACUGCUGGAGAAUAUUUAUCCACAUAGAAUAGACAGUAUAAAGUGCUUGUAUUUUCCUUUACUUCAUGUGCAAAGUUGUUUGGUGAUGGUAACUUGUGGAAACUUGCUUUUCAGUCAUUCUGAAGUAUGUACUCAAUUUUGAAGCUUUACUUUUUGGAAAGAAAAGGAUUUCUGAGGCU